UGAGUAAUGUAUAUCAGACCGCCCUUCAAAAUAAAAGUUCCCGCACCGCCUGAGCUUGUUGUUAACUUUGAGCUUAAUCUUUAAUUAUUUGGCCUACCAGUUUUCCAUCUGAGUUGAACGGUCUACGUCUUUUUAAAAUGGAGUUGGUUAAAGGCCGGAAGAUAAUGAAGGCUGGAGUUUUUGAACCUCUGAAGUUGUUUGAUUCAUAGCCUUCCACAGCAAAACAAAAUGGAGGAUCAUUUAAAAAGAACUCCAUCUAAAAACACCACAUGCCAGUCAUCACCUGAGGACUGGUUCAAGAAAAGGCAGAGAUCAGUAGACAAUGAUUAUGACGCGGCACAGAGUAUGCACGGCUACAACAGCAGCUUUCACACCAACAAGAGCGCUGAUUUCAAAACCCGCAGUGGUUUAAAAAAAGGCUCAAACCAACAAACUGGAAAGAUGUCAAAGGACAACAGAGCUGAGCCUUUCUCUCAGGACAAACGACUUAGCCGGAGAUCAACAGAAAGAGAUUACAGAGGGACCAAACCUUCCCCAAACCCAGCUGAGAGAGCCAAAGCAGCUAUUACAUGUAGUAGCACAUUUGAAAUGAAACUUGCCGAUUUCCCGGAAUUGGGUGAUAUCACACCAAGCAACCAUACAGCAGCUUCCCUGCACCAGGAACCAACAGUAUGUUCUAGUGCAGUCAUGCCAGCAGAGCGUCAGAGUUCACCAGCACUAAUUUGUAAGAAUGUACCGAAACGAAGAACCAAGUCUGCACAGCAAGUCCCGCCCAGUGGAAAGUGUGACAUGUCAGUUGCUGUCAAAGCAGAUCAGGAUAGUGCAGUAUCCAAUUCCACUGGAUCUUCUGCUCACUCAUGGGCAAACAUUGCCUCUCAGCCUCCCAGAGUCAUCCAGAAAAUCCCCAAAGCCAACACAUCUUCCCAGGAGGAUUUAUCCAUACAGCAAGUAGAGCAGAAAACAGAGAAGAAGAAGAGGAAGAAAAAGAAGAAAUCCAAAACCGUGUCAGAGAACACAGAAGAGACACUAGAGGAACAUCUGAUACAGCAGGAGCCACCGAAGUUUGAGGAUGAAGAGGAGUUUCCAGACCUGUCGCUUGCAUUUGAACUCAAAGGACAUUCAGAAGCACAAAAAGAGCGAUUGUCUCUACAUCCAGGGAUAAAACACAAAGCCGCUACACCCGCUUAUGCCUCCGGUGACGCUAAGAAAACACAGACUAGUCAGAAAAAGUCAAAGGUUCCUGUACAGCUUGACCUUGGAAACAUGCUGGCAUUUCUUGAGAAGAAGCAACAGUCUCAAAAAUCCAAACAAGAUCAGCGUCCAGUAACACUUUCAGUUGGAGGAGCUCUACCUGUAGUCCACAAAGAAACUUCAGUUCAAAAAAAACAAUGGCAGCAAGAGAAAACACCGCACAACCCGCUGGACUCCACUUGUCCCUUAGUGAAGAAGGGAAAACAGCGAGAAGUUCCCAAGGCGAAAAAACCAACACCUCUCAAAAGAGUCAUUCUUCGGGAGAGAGAGGAGAGAAAACAGAACCGCCUGCUGGAGGAGAGAGACCUGGCUCGAGUAUCCACUGAAGCUGUUGAAAAGGAAAAUAGUAAUAGUGAGAAUCCUUCUGAAACAAGCCUGCCUGACAAUGAUCAGCAUCUUCUCACAAGUAUGGAAGUAUGUUCACAAUCUGUAUCAGAUAUAGAUGAGAACCCUGGACUCGGUGGUACUGAGGAGUCAGAGUGUGACCAGCCUGGUUGGCCAUCUAAUCACAAGUUGGAUGACAGUGUGUCAGAAAAUGCAGCACUAAAAUCCUGGAAUCCCAAUUCCAAUCCUAAUCUUCCCAAAAUCCACAGCAGGAAGUUCAGAGACUACUGCAACCAAGUGCUUAAAAAAGAUGUAGAUGAAUGUGUGAGCGGCUUACUGAAGGAGCUGGUGAGGUUUCAGGAUCGUCUUUAUCAGAAAGACCCCAUGAAGGCCAGGAUGAAGCGCAGGCUGGUCAUGGGCCUACGAGAGGUGCUGAAACACCUCAAACUCAGGAAGGUCAAGUGCGUUAUCAUCUCGCCAAACUGUGAACGUAUACAGUCCAAAGGAGGUCUAGAUGAGGCUCUUCACACUAUCAUUGACACAUGCCGGGAUCAAGAUGUCCCGUUUGUGUUUGCCUUGUCGAGAAAGGCGCUGGGCCGCUGUGUUAAUAAAGCCGUCCCUGUCAGCUUGGUGGGGAUCUUUAACUACGAUGGCGCACAGGACCUUUAUCACAAAAUGAUUGAGUUAUCGGCCGAGGCCAGGAAAGCCUAUGAGGUGAUGAUUGCAAAUCCGGAGACAGAACCGCAGGAACAGCAGGAGGAGCUACAGGAGGUGGAGCCGUCGGGAGAACCUUCUGGAACAGAGGAGCCAGAGUACAUUAAAAUCUGGAGGAAAAUGCUUGAGAAAAAUUACAACCACCCUUUCCUGAAUUUCGAGGAGCAGUUUUCAUCCGUUUCCAUUGGUUCAGAGCAGCUGCUGGAUGAUGAUGUAGGAAGUUGAUGGAAGUUCAUAGACGAAUGAGGCAAAAAAAAAAAAAAAAUGUGUUUGUUUUUUUGCAGUGUCGAUCAUGCUUCUGUGACACGGAAACGGAUCCACUACAGUGUUUCCAACCCCAUGUGAGCCUCUAGCACCUUGUUGUGAGAUGUGUCGGGAAUAGCUUGAAAUACCAAAUGUGCCUGUUUAGAGGAUUUUAUUAAAAAAAAUGUAAACAUAUUUUCCUGUGACCUGGAAUGGUGUAUUAAAUCAAGAGGGAAUACAGCUGAUAAUAGCGAACAGCCCUUGACUACAUAUUUUCUUAUAGAAAUCCUACUUAGUUUGAUGUUUCCAUAGUGUGAAUGGUGAAUAUUUUUGCAAAUAGCCAAUAUCCCUCUAUUUCUAAUCAAAUGAGUGUAAUAGUUUGAUAAAAUCAUAGGAAUGAUCUAAACCACUAAACCAAUUUAUGUAUAUGUUUACAUUGGUAAAUCAAAUGUAUUUUGCUUAUGUUGAAUGCACAAUUUUACUGAUCAUGACCACUGUGUUUGCAGCCCACGUAUCGUCAUUAUUGGCAGGUUGCCGUUUAAUUCUGAAGACUCAUAAGCGAAUGAUUGUUACGACCGUGAACUGUUUGUAGGAACACCUCUCCCUUCUAGUCCUAGAACUUAUUAAACAUCUCUUACCUAAACCAUAGCCUCCACUUAAAAUUUAUUAACCUUCCUCUGGCUGUUCCUCAACACUAGCUAAUCCAUUAAUACUGAGUUCUUGAGGUGGUUCUCCUUAAUGUGAGUUUAGCUCUAUGUCUUUAUGCUAUCGGCUGCAGUUAAUAGGGAAUGUGUGUGUUGUGCAGUCGUGUUUAUGGUAUAUUCAUGUAGCAUAGAGCUAACGAUUCACAACUUCACUUAGUAGUAACACUAUUUUUCACGUAUUAACCUUUUGCCCUGCUUCUGUGUAGUUUUGAGAAUGUUGACCUUGGGACCAAAACAUUGUGAUUGUGAAGGUUAUAGAGUUUUCUCCAGUAUUUGCAAUAAAUUCAUUGCAAUAAAUGAUCUUGUGUCUGAAA